UCGGCCCGCUGGUCCCAUCGCUCCGCCCGCGCCUCCGCCACCGCCACCGCCACCGCCACCACCGCGGCGCCGCCAAUGAGACUCCUCCCGCUUCUAGUGGGUUUUUCCACUUUGCUGAAUUGUUGCUGCACUCAAAACUGUACCAAGACGCCUUGUCACCCAAAUGCAAAAUGUGAAAUUCGGAAUGGAGCUGAAGGCUGCUAUUGCAACACUGGAUAUUCAGGAAAUGGUGUCACAAUUUGUGAAGAUGAUGAUGAGUGUGGAAAUUUAACGCAAUCCUGUGGUGAAAAUGCUAACUGUACGAACACACAGGGAAGUUAUUACUGUAUGUGUGCACCUGGUUUCAAAUCCAGCAGCAACGAGGACAAGUUUAUUACUAAUGAUGGAACCACCUGCAUAGAAAUUGUGAAUCCAGACUGCCAUUUAGAUAAUGCCUGUAUUGCCGAAAAUAUUAAUAAAACUUUAACAAAAAUUAAACACAUAGAAGAACCUGUGGCUUUGCUACGAGAAGUCUAUAGAAAUUCUUUGAAAGAUCUUUCACCGAUGGAUAUAAUUACAUAUACAGAAGUAUUAGCUGAAUCAUCCCCAUUAUUCAUAAAUAGCACGAAUUCAGCCAAGGACACCUCUUCUAAUUCAACUCUUACUGAAUUUGUAAAAACUCUGAAUAAUUUUGUUCAAAAGGAUACACUUACAGUUUGGGACAAGUUGUCUACAAAUCAGAGAAGAACUCAUCUUACAAAACUGAUACAUACUGCUGAGCAGGCUACCUUAAGGAUAUCUCAGAACUUUCAAAAGACCACUCAGUUUGAUACUAAUUCAAGUGAUAUAGCUCUCAAAGCUUUCUUUUUUGAUUCACAACACAUAAAAUACAUUCAUCCCCGUAUGAAUAUGGACGGAGAUAAUAUAAAGAUAUUUCCAAAGAGAAAAACUGCAUAUGAUUCAAAUGGCAGUGUUGCAGUUGCAUUUUUAUAUUAUAAGAGCAUUGGUCCUCUGUUUUCAUCAUCUGACAACUUAUUGGAACCUCAAAGUUAUGAUAAAGCCGAAGAAGAGGGAAGAGUCAUCUCUUCAGUAAUUUCACUCUCAAUUAGCUCAAACCCACCCACAUUAUAUGAACUUGAAAAAGUAACAUUUACAUUAAGUCACAUAAAGACCACAGAUAAAUAUAAGAGUCAAUGUGCAUUCUGGAACUACUUACCUGACACCAUGAAUGGCAGCUGGUCUUCAGAGGGCUGUGAGCUGACAUACUCGAAUGAUACCCACACCUCAUGCCGCUGUAACCACCUGACACAUUUUGCAAUUUUGAUGUCUUCUGGUUCUUCUAUUGGUAUUAAAGAUUAUAAUAUUCUUACAAGGAUCACUCAACUAGGAAUAAUUAUUUCACUGAUUUGCCUUGCUCUAUGCAUUUUUACCUUCUGGUUCUUCAGUGAAAUUCAAAGCACGAGGACAACAAUUCACAAAAAUCUCUGCUGUAGCCUGUUCCUUGCUGAACUUGUUUUUCUUGUUGGGAUAAAUACAAAUACCAAUAAGCUCUUCUGUUCCAUCGUUGCUGGGCUGCUGCACUACUUCUUUUUAGCUGCCUUUGCAUGGAUGUGCAUUGAAGGCAUCCACCUCUAUCUCAUUGUUGUAGGAGUCAUCUAUAACAAAGGAUUUUUGCACAAGAAUUUUUAUAUUUUUGGCUAUCUCAGCCCAGCUGUGGUAGUUGGAUUUUCAGCAUCAUUAGGAUACAGAUAUUAUGGCACCACCAAAGUAUGUUGGCUUAGCACAGAAAACAACUUUAUCUGGAGUUUUAUAGGACCAGCCUGUCUAAUCAUUCUUGUUAAUCUCUUGGCAUUUGGAGUUAUCAUAUACAAAGUUUUUCGUCACACUGCGGGGUUGAAACCAGAAGUUAGUUGCUAUGAGAACAUAAGGUCUUGUGCCCGAGGAGCUCUUGCCCUCCUCUUCCUCCUUGGCACCACCUGGAUCUUUGGCGUUCUCCAUGUUGUGCAUGCAUCGGUGGUGACAGCUUAUCUUUUCACCGUCAGCAAUGCUUUCCAGGGGAUGUUCAUCUUCUUAUUCUUGUGUAUCUUAUCUAGAAAGAUCCAAGAAGAAUAUUAUAGAUUAUUCAAAAAUGUCCCUUGUUGUUUCGGAUGUUUGAGGUAAACAGAACUAUAGAUGGUUAUUGUUAUGCAGAAAUAAAAAUGCCUAGCUGUGGAUGGC